CUAGGUGUCAAAUUUGGUUUACCCCAAAUGUUGUAUUUUAUAAAAUAAACAAAAAAUGGAUAGAUUAUCGAUAAAUCCUGACUAUUUAUAGCGAGAUUAUUAAAAAUUAACGUGCCAUAGACCAACUAACCGAAAAUGCAUUGACUGGUUAAUUUAAUAAAUCAAAAUUACAAGUAUUAUGUUAGAACAUUGAAAUGGUUAAUGUUAAAAGUGCUAAGAAUAACAAUAUCAAAUGGAUAAGAAGAUACAGAACGUACUUUAUUUGUGGGUUUGUAAUACUUUCUAUUCAAAUAUUCAUAUCCUUUCAAUUUGUGUCGACAAAUAAAGAAAGCAAUGAAAAUAAAUGGGAACCACAGAACAUUGAUUUGCCAUCAAAUCUGCCAGAUGUGGACUUUGAAAUUAAUUCAGCACGUAAAAAUAAGAACGACAGAAUCGACGAUGAAGAUUCGAAAAUAAUUAAAGUAAAGGAAACAGUGAAAAAUUCUACAAUUGUAACCAAAAACAUACUACGAUUGGAGGAGUUGGAUUUUGUUCCAGCAUGUCAUAUCAAUAACAAAGAAGCAAUAUCGGCUAUACACCGAGCCAAAUCGCAAAAAUGCAAGCAAAUUCUGGCAAAUAUAACAUGUUUGUCCAAUGCGGGUAAAAUGUAUCCCAAAGAGUUGUCAAGUUCUUGUCCAACAGGGAAUUUUAGCUUAGGGAGGCAAUUAGGGUGUUAUAAGGAUGAGAAAAACUUUAGAUUGCUCAAUGGGUACUAUGGGGCAUAUAAAAAAGACAAUUCUCCUGAAUAUUGCAUAAAUUUAUGCUUGCAAUCAGGGUUUCAAUAUGCUGGUGUACAAUAUGGCUAUGAAUGUUUUUGUGGGCACAACGAACCACCAUCCACCUCAAAACUGCCCGAUUCCUCAUGUAAUAUGAAAUGCCCUGUUGAGAAUACACCAGAUACUUGUGGAGGGUAUUAUACAAUAAAUGUGUAUGAAACUGGGAUAAAAAAGUUUAUAUCACAAGUUGCUAAGACUGAAUUGGCUUAUGAAGAAAGUCAAAAAAGACCAGCCCGAAUUGUUUUUCUUUUAACUUUGAAUGGAAGAGCUUUAAGACAAGUUAAAAGGUUGAUUAGGAUUUUGUAUAAUGCAAAUCACUAUUAUUAUAUUCAUGUGGAUGUGCGUCAGGACUACCUCUUCCGGGAACUCCUCGCCCUAGAGCGCAACUUCCCCAACAUCCGCCUUACCCGGAAGCGCUUCGCGACAAUAUGGGGAGGGGCAUCCCUGCUGGAGAUGCUCCUCUCCUGCAUGCGGGAGCUCCUCGAACUAACGCAGUGGAAGUGGGACUUCGUGCUGAACCUCAGCGAGUCUGACUUCCCGGUGAAGAGCGUGCAGCAACUGACGGACUUUUUGACCGCCAACAAGGGCAAGAACUUCGUGAAGUCCCACGGCCGCGAGGUGCAGCGCUUCAUACAGAAGCAGGGCUUGGAUAAGACUUUUGUCGAGUGCGAGACCAGAAUGUGGCGCGUUGGGGACAGAGUUUUGCCUGUCGGUGUACAAGUGGACGGUGGCAGCGAUUGGAUCGCUCUAUCUCAUAAAUUUGUGCGGUACGUGGCCGUAAAUCGGGACGAUUUGGUGGCGGGAUUGUUGAGGAUCUUCAAGUACACCUUGCUGCCCGCCGAGUCGUUUUUCCAUACAGCGUUGCGCAACUCUAAGUUCUGCGAUACGUACGUCGAUAAUAAUUUGCACGUCACCAACUGGAAGCGGAAGCUGGGCUGUAAGUGCCAGUACAAGCACGUUGUGGAUUGGUGCGGGUGCAGCCCCAACGAUUUUCGCCCUGAGGAUUGGCAGAGGAUACAGAACACUUUCACUAGGCAGUUGUAUUUCGCGAGAAAAUUCGAACCCAUCAUCAAUCAGGCGGUUAUUUUGCAGUUGGAACUGUGGAUACAUGGUUUGGACGCCCCAUCGAAAAUGGUGCCCAACUUGCACAGCUAUUGGCAGUGCAUUUACCACCACUACGAUAUGGGUGUCGCCAAAGAUGAUGGGUUGUUAACCUUCGCUAACAGCAUCAGCAGAAGGCUGCACGGUUUUCUACAAAACGGCACUUGCAGCGUGAAUAUGGAGAAGUUCACUGAAGCGACAUCAUAUCACCACAAGGAUUCCUACAAGUACACGUUGCUGAAGUUCCAGACUUCAGAAGGGUUUCUUGAAGUCGCCGUCAAACCCAACAGCAAAGUGACCGUUCUAAAACCGUCCCCAUUAAUGGAACACCUGAAUUAUCUCGCUGUAAGCAGCGAUUACGAUCAAAAGGAGCAAACAUCGCGGAACUUCAUCAGAAUAUUGUCGCCCUACUCGGACCCGAACUUCAUCUACCACUUCAACGCGCACAAGUUCGCCAAAACCUACAACAUGUCGUGCCUGUGGAUAAACCCGGCGGGAUUUUUGGAGGAAGUUACCGAAGUUUCAAUCGACGAAAACUCCCUGAUAGCUUCCGCGAAGUCCAACUUAAAACAACCCAUUCUACCGGGCGUGUGGACUCUAAAAUUAAUAUACAAAACGGCCGAGAUGGCUUCAGUUAAGUUCCUCGUGCUGCCUUUGCAAUUUUUCUCGGGAAACGCCGUGACCGCGUCGCAGGUGGAGUUUUUGCACGGGAACUUCGCGGGAAAAAAAUUCGCCGGGAACUUCGACGACUUCCUGCCCAAAGUCGAGGAACGCGAAGUCCUAAAAAACGCCGCCACAGCCAACUCCAAGAGGUUCGACAAAAACCUCACCGAAUGGAUCGAUCGGCUGACGUCGACUUUCUACGCAGUCGAAAAGCUGUGCGUGUCGACAAAAUCUAAAAGUAUCGAGAUUUGCGGGCGAACUGUCAACGCCUGUAGGGACACGUAUUGGAGUUCCGAAGCGCCCGACCCGAAAAGUGCCAUUUUCAAGGAUGAUUUAAGGACUAACGGAACCUUUUCCGUUUGGUAAUCUGUGUAUUCUAUUACAUUUUAAAAUCAUGUGAUAUGUAUCGGUGCUAAGUUACUGUGUGGUCUAUUAAUUCGUUUUUACAGGCUGGCGCAAAAUAAACGUCGGUGUUUGAAUGUUUUACGACUUUUGCACAAUCCACGCAACAAGGUCUGUUCUAUCUUGUUUUUGCCAUAAUGGAAAAAAACCGAGGCACGAUUUGUUGUGUUGUUGGGUGUAUUUCGAGAGGAAAUCCUGGGUUGAGUUUUUACCGGUUUUCCAAUAAACAGUGUUAAUCUGAAUGAAGAAAUAAAUUGCAUACAGUCUCUGUAAAUGUAAAUUGUACCUAUUAGAUACAAUAAAUACACAUUUUAGUAAUGAUUAACGAGAAAAGUGUAAACAUUUCAAUUCAGUAAAAAUCGUCAAACAAAUAAGUCGUCUAAAUUCAAACAGCAUUUAGCAUUAUUAAAAGCGUUUAUUAAAAAUUCUUUAAAGUCUUCACUCAACGGUAAAAUACCAUUAUAUUAUGUAUUAUACAUAUAUAAUAUUAUGUUGCCAUGAAUUCGUAGGUAUAUUUUGUUGUUUAAAAUGCAGUUGUCGGCGUUUUUUAGAGGACUCAAAUAUAAAAAUGUCCGAUUUCAAGGUUAUGUUUGUGCAACAAUUAUUUUUUACUAAUUUCUUAAAAAUGUCCAAACUUAAAUAUAAAUUAUAUUAGGUUUAGUUAUCAUUAGUAUAUUCUGCACCAACAAAUGUACUUACCGAAUUGGAUCCUUUGGCAAAACAUGAAAAUGCAACGAUUUAGUCCUUGAAUUUUAUUUGCAAUUAAAAACACAAUAAUUCACCAUGAUCCCUUAGAUAAAAUACACACACUAACGUAACUAUAUAAGCAUUUAAGCGUUGAGUUUCUUCAUCAAUGGUAUAAAGAAUAAUCAAUCGAAAUCCAGUACUAAACCAGUUUUUUAAUUUCUUCCUUGCAACGUAAAACACAAAUAACGUGCGCGAUUUAGCUGUGCAAUUGAACAAAAUUUGUCGAGUAAGCCUUCCUCUCUUUUGUGAAAAAACUACCUAUUUAUUUAAAAAUGACGUGCAGUUCGUAUGCUUUUAUGUUGUUGACAAUUGUUAAAUUCACACAAUGCUAUCGAAGUCCACCAGAUGACGCGCGCGUUGCGAAAACCCGAUAUUUCUUUAGCGUAUACGUCAGAUUUUAUUGAUUGUCAAAUAGUUUCCUUUAAUUCGAGAAAUAAUCUAGACCUAUAAAUUUAAUCUGUCAAACUAUGCUCAGUAAGUUUUUUAUUUGAUUUUUCUUUUUGGAAAAUAGUUUCAUGCAAAAUAAUUAAAAAUAAAACCCCUCGUGAUUUUAUUUUAUUAAGUAGAUUGUCCUCUAUAACAAAGAAAACCAGGUUUUUGCCAUUAUUAAUAUAUUUUAUUCGCAAUUGCCCCAAUUUUGACCAUAUCAGUUAAACUUUUUACUAAAUUCUUUGGCGGUAUAAUAUACAAUAUUAUUGUCAGUAAUAAGACUUCUAAAAUGCACCUACUUACUCAUUUUAAUUAAACCCUUUGAAACGAUUUUUAUUCUGUAUAAACAGCAAAAAACGCGUCGCACAAGAAUUGUAAACAGCAUAAAAAUGGCCGCCGUUAAAGUCUGUGCAGUGGGUUGCAUAACUUCGUGAUUUUUAUUAUGCACAAGAUGGAACAGACCUUGUGUGGAUUGUGUAUGUAAGUAACGAUGGUUUCACAAAAGUUAUAAACAGGGGGGCCACAAAAUUUCCCUGAGAUUUUAUUUUUAACCUUUUUCCUGACAAACUCAAGUAAAUUUAAUAGGUUCUUUUUAAAGAGGGGGCAACUUAUUUAUAUAUUUUUUUUUAUAAAUAAAUGAAACAGUUGUAGGUCCUAGAUAUAAUAAUUUUUUUUUAAUGUUGUAAAUUUGCGUAAUGGUUGAUUUCUCCCCACAAAAAUGCCUUUUUGAACCACAACAUUGAUUUUAUGACAGAAUUGCUUUUUAGGAUAAUAAUUUGCACAAUAAAAAUAGAAAAACGAUGGUACAAAAUUAAUAUUAAAAAAACGACUUUUUGUGCUUUACAUUAAAACUUUGAUAACAUGUUAAAAUCAUAUCUAACAAUGUUGUAAUCAAAGUUUAAUUGCAAAAAGUCGUUUUUGUAAAAAAAAAUAUAAUUUUUUUUACAAUCACUUUUUUAAUUUUAUCAUAAAAACGUUCUUAUUCAUAAAAUCACUUUUGUAGUUCAAACUCAUUUUUGAGAGGUUCCACCACCUGGUAAAAUUUUCAACAACCUUUUCUUAACACCCAGUAUAUGAAUCAGUAAUAGGUAACUCCGGACUCUGGAAAAAUAUCCCCGAAAUUCCCUGGUUUUCCAGACCACCCUGUAUAAAGCAUAAGCAUAACAUUUUGUGCCAACCUGUCUAUCAGUGAUUGUAGCAAAUACUUAGUUGAAGUGGGUAAUUGCCAGUUUUAGGCCAUUAUUCUGCGAGAUUUGUCCAAAAUUAGUUUUAAAUAGUUUUUUGGAAAUAUUAAUUUAGUAAUUAUAAAAGACCAAAUAUUAUUUUUACUUUAUAUCAAAAAUUUAUUAACGUUUAAAAAGUCGAACAAAAUGCAAUUUACACACAAUUUUACUAUAUUUAUUUAUUUUAUUUUAUUUUACGAGUUCAAAACCAAAAAAAUGUAAUAGGAUAGGUAAAAAAAUUAAAACUAUUUCCAUAUGCCAUAAAGUCCAUAUUUUGCCAUAUCUCUAUUAAGUAAUAGUAAAUAGUAAAGUAUUGUUCAACGAUUUGGUGUUCCAUUUCCACGAGGAUAAAAUAUUGCGACACGAGCCGAAGUUUAACAGUCCUUUUCUAAUUGUAUUAAAGAAUUUUUAAUAACAACAAUAUUAUUAAUGGUUACCAUAAAAUCUGAAUAAAACACCGUAUGUUUGUUCAUUUAGGAACUGUUUUAACAGAUACUGAUUAAAAUAAAUAUAUUUAUUACCUUAAAAAGCGAAUUUUGAGUUUCAAUAAUAGAUAUUGAUCUUUACAUGUCAGGCUAUUUCAGUCUUUUUAUUGUCACUAUAAUCAGUUAUAUAAUUUAUAUAACUUUUACAUCCAAAGACAUUUUUAAUUCUUUUUAAGCAAAAACACACAAAACAAACUUGUCUUUGAUCGUAAAAUCAGAUAACUGGAGAAAAAAGAAUUUUUUUCAGUUUAAGAAUAAGCCAAUUGCUUAAAUAAAAACAUACAAGAAAUGUACAAAUUCUUUAAUAUGAUUAGAAAAAACGUUUCAAUUGUUAAUAGUAACAUUUUCAAGCUAUUUUAAAUUUGUUGUUUAAUGUAAUAGUAAUAGUAAAAAAUCUUUUGAAACCAAUAUUUUCUUAGCAAAUAAUAUAAUUAAAACAUAUUUUAAUAAGACUGAUGUGGGGUUAUGUGUGUAUUUAACAAAAAGGCUGCUGAUCAAAAAGUAGCUUUUUUGUUAAAGUUUAUGUAAAUGGAUGUAAAGUUUUAAUGUUGAUUAUGUACCAUUGAAAAUUAAAAAUAUAUUUUUUAAUAAUAUCAAAACCUAAAUUCUAAAAAUAAAAACCUUGUAAAUAAUACUGUUGCAUUUUUAUUUAUUGUAUUAAAAUAAACUAUAUUCUAUGUACAAAAAUUAAUAUUAACAUGAUGUAUACAGUAAUAAACUACCUACAAUUUAACACUUUAAUUGAUAAAAAAUUAGGCAGCUCAUCAAAAACAACCUUUUGAUCGCUAAAGUGAUUAUUAAAAAUAUUUACAAUUCUUUGACUAUCAUCGACGUACAUUUUUAUUGUCCUUUCACGUUUAUCGCCUGAAAACAAAACAUCGAAUUCGAAAUUCCUGAAAAUAUUUUUACAACCUAUUAAAUUUAUGUUGCACAAGGACGCGUGGUCCAAAAGUCUUUGCAAAGAAAGACCUGUUACAUCACAGUUGUAGGAGAGGUCUAUCGUCGUCAAUUUUUUUGUGUGAUGCC